AUGCACAGGCAUCCUCCACGCCCUACGAGACGCUCCCCCCACCCCACGCCCCGAGCACCCCGCAACCCCGCACCCCUGCGCCCCCCGCACCCGGACCACUCACGCUUUCCGAGAAGAGCCGCGACGCGGGGGCAAACGGGCUGCUUCCCUCCGUCCUCCGGAGCGGGGUUGGCGGCGGGGCCGGCAGGAUCCCGACCCAGAAGCGGGGCCGGUGUCGCCCCACGGGGCGGGCCCCCCACGAGUCUCUUCCGCGCUGCCGGGGCAGAGGCGGCGGCGGCGGCGGCAGCGGCCCCGCUUUACCUCCGCUUUUCCUCUUCCUGGGUCUCUUCAGGCUGCGGCUUCUGCCCGUCCUGGGCCACUCACUUGUCCCGGGCCCGGCCCGUCGGGAAGGCUCCGGCGUGGCGGGGGGUGUCAGAAAGUUUCCUCGGCGCAGAGGCGGCGGCCGGCCCCCCGGGUCCCCCCCGGCCCCGCCGCCCUCGGGGCAGGGGCGGGGGAGGGGGCUCUAAGAACUCCUCGCGGAGUCCCGCCGAGGGGCCGGGGGGCCGGCGGCGAGCCCAGGGGGCGGGCCCCCCCCCCUCAGGGGGCACCGGGGAGGGGGGGGAGGGUGCGGAACGGACGGCGGCGCCGGUCCUGCUCUCCCGCCGCCCCGGCCGCCGCUUCACAUCGGGGUCCCCGCCCCCCCGGCCGGGGGGUGGCUGCGGCGCUGGGGGCCCCGGCGCAUACACUCCGCGGCGGGAUGCUACGGCCGCGGGCGGGGGGCCGAAGCCGCGGCGACGGGGGGGACCCGGCCGGCUCCGCUCGGCGCCGCCCCCGCUCCCGGCUCCCGCAUGUGUCGCGGCGGGCGGGACCCCCCCUCCCGACACCUUGGGGGUCCCUCGUCCUGCGCGCCGGCUCCCGACCAGACGCUCCGGCUCGUCCCCGACGUGCUGUCGUCGCCGCCGCUGCCGCCGAGCCGCUGCCUCGUCCCGACUCGAGGUCGCCGCCUCCCUGCCCCCCCGAGCCGCCGCCGCCGGCUCGGGCUCGGGCUCCGGCUGGGGCUCCGGCUCCGGCGUGUGUGUGUCUGUGUGUGUGUGUGCAGCCGCCGCUGCCGGCCGGGAAGGUGAGGGCGGGGAGAGGCGGCCCGGCGCGGGGCGGAGGUCUCGGCGGCCGCCGGCGCCCGGGAGCUGGCUCUGGCCGAGGCGCGCUCGCUCUCACGCUCGCGGCGGCGGCGCCCGGAGCUCAGCUCGCUGUCUCGCUCGCACUGGAAGAGGAAGUCGGGGAGCGGCGAGCGGGGUGGGUGCGCCACGGGCCGCGGGACUCGCCGCCGCCGCCGCUGCCGCCGCCGCCGCCUCUACGGCCGCGUCAGAACUGAAGAGAGGAAGGGGAGGAGCCGAGAGGAGCCCCAGCUGCCGCCCGAUCCUCGCCCUGACCUCGGGACGGCCGGGAGGGCUCGCGCCCGCGCCGCGUCCUUCGGGGCAGGGCGGGGGUGACCGCUCCUCCGGGGAGCGGCCCGCACGGCCCCAACACCCCAGCCUGGGCUCGGCCGCGCACCACCGGGAGGUGAGGCCUUUGGCCCCCGAGCGGCCACUCGCAAGGCCAGGCGGAGCGGGACGUGCCGCCGCAGGACCGCUGCACCUGCUGGCGGGGGAGCCGGCGCCCCACCCUCUCCGGGGUGUGGGGUGA